UGGCAAAAGUACCAUCAACAAGCCAACAUUAAUUUCCAUGAGACAGACUUCGACUCUGGCAUAGAGAGAGUCUUCUUAGUCGAGUCUUCUUUGUAAAUUCUCAUACAAUAAUAAUAUCCAUCAAUUCUCCAACCCCACCUUACUUAAUAAUACUACCCACAUGAUUCAAGCUUCGACCAUGUCCACAAAAGAUUAUGGCUAUCACCCAAUGAACAGGAGUUGUGACUCCUUCAAACAAGUUAAACUUACGAUUAGGGUAUUGUGGAAAACCCAAAAAUUGACUCAUUAGUCAAUGCCACUUGUUUUUGUUUAUAUGGUAUACUGCAAAUAGAAGGCAAGGACAAGAACUCCAUGGCAAAAUCAAGCUUGGAUAAGUCACUCUCCCUUGUUCUUUUUUUCUCCUUGCUUGUUUUCUUACAUCACUCCCUCUGUCUUGCUACUUCCAAGUCUAGCAAAGAAGCCCAAGCUCUUCUCAUAUGGAAGGCCACUCUUCACAUCAUAAACCAUUCUAACCUAACUUCAUGGACUUUUCCUCCUAGUAAUGCCGCUGGUUUGGCGCCAUGCACUUGGUAUGGAAUUUCUUGUGAAGCUGGAAGCGUAUUCAAAAUCUCCCUCCAAGAUUCAGGUAUUGGUGGUAGACUCCAUGAAUUUCCAUUCUCAUCCUUCCAUAGUCUUGCAUAUCUCAAUCUUAGCUACAAUAAACUCAAUGGUUCCAUACCAUCUCAAAUUAGUCAGCUUACCAAGCUCAUUUCUCUUGACUUGUCGAAUAAUCAGUUAUCUGGAACUAUCCCAGCUGACAUUGGCCUAUUAACUCAUCUUGAGGUUCUGCAACUCGGACACAAUUCCUUGGCCGGUUUAAUCACUCAAGAAAUAGGCAAGUUAAAGUCUCUCAACAAGCUUUCUUUGCAGGGAAACAAUCUAAAGGGACCAAUUCCAACUUCUUUGGGAAACUUGACUAACAUGACCUAUUUGGAUCUCUCUAACAAUUGGCUAACAGACACACUCCAUGAAUUUCCAUUCUCAUCCCUCCUUAAUCUUUUCUAUCUCGAUCUUAGCUCCAAUGAACUCCGUGGUUCCAUACCACCUCAAAUUAGUCAGCUUACCGAGCUCAUUUAUCUUGACUUGUCAAAUAAUCGGUUAUCUGGAAAUAUCCCUACUGAAAUUGGCCUAUUAACUCAUCUUGGGGUUCUGGGACUUGGAUACAAUCGUCUGAACGGUUCAAUCGCUCAAGAAAUAGGCAAGUUAAAGUCUCUCAACAGGCUUUCUUUGCACGGAAACUGUCUCGAGGGACCAAUUCCAACUUCUUUGGGAAACUUGAGUAACAUGACCUAUUUGUUUCUCCAUGAGAAUUUGCUGACUAGCACAAUCCAUGAAUUUCCAUUCUCAUCCCUCCGUAACCUUGCAUAUCUCGAUAUUAGCUCCAAUAAACUCUAUGGUUCCAUACCACCACAAAUUAGCCAGCUUACCAAGCUCAUUCAACUUGCCUCGUCAGAUAAUCAGUUAUCUGGAAAUAUCCCAGCUGAAAUUGGCCUAUUAACUCAUCUUGAGGUUCUGCAACUCGGAAACAAUCGCCUGAGGGGCUCAAUCAAUCAAGAAAUAGGCAAGUUAAAGUCUCUCAACAGGCUUUCUUUGUACAGCAACAAUCUAGAGGGACCGAUUCCAACUUCUUUGGGAAGCUUGAGUAACAUGACCCAUUUGGAUCUCUCUAACAAUUUGCUAAAUGGUUCUAUCCCUUCCACUUUUGGAAAAUUGAAAAGCUUAAAGCAGAUGCUUCUGAAUGACAACAGACUUUCUGGAUUCAUUCCUCCAGAAUUUGGAGACUUGAUUAAUCUCAAGUACUUGAGUUUGAGGAAUAAUCAGCUUAGCCAUGAAAUUCCAAUUACACUGAUGAAGCUAUAUUACCUUUCGCUGCUAGAUCUGAGUAAUAACUUGCUCAUUGGUCAUAUACCAUCAAGCAUUCGUGGAUUGAAAAAUGUGCAGAAUUUGAAUCUCUCCCAUAAUAAUCUUUCUGGUGGUAUUCCGGAAAGCUUCAGCGAUAUGCCGAGAUUGUUUUCCUUUGACUUCUCUUACAACAAGUUGGAAGGUCAUAUACCAUACAUUGAAACAAUUAACGAUGUAGGCUUCGAAGCAUUUCGAGGGAACGGAAAAUUGUGCGGAGACAUUCAAGGACUGCAAUCUUGUAGUCUUGAUCGGAAAUACAGAGUCACUUUUAAUAAGGGCACUAAAAUCCCAUUUCUAAUCAUUCUACUCCCACUUUUAGGAGCACUUUUACUUGUAUAUGCAGUUGCGGGAAUUUUCAUCAUCAAAAGAAAGAGAAAGAUAAAUCCUCAAGCUGAAGAGAGCAUCGCAUACAAUAAAUGUUUGUCUUGGAUAUCAUCAGCAUUUGACGGAAGAAUCAUGUAUAAAGAAAUCAUUGAAGCAACAAAUGAUUUCGAUGCCACAUAUCGCAUUGGAAGAGGGGGAUUUGGGACAGUCUACAAAGCAGAAUUGCCUUCAGCUGGCACUAUGGCCGUAAAGAAAUUUCACUCACCUGGUGAUGGGGAGCAUGCAUUCCAAAAGGUGUUCUUGAAUGAAAUAAAGGCAUUAUUGGAGAUAAAGCAUCGAAACAUUGUGAAACUUCAUGGGUUUUGCACGAAUGCUCGACACUCUUUUUUGGUCUAUGAGUACCUAGAAAGGGGCAGUUUGGCAUCUUUUCUAAGAAGAGAAGAAACAGCUAAAGAAUUGGAUUGGAGUAAAAGGUUGAAUAUUGUUAAAGGUGUGGCUCGUGCCCUCUACUACUUGCACCAUGAUUGCUUACCGCCAAUUGUCCACCGAGACAUAUCGAGCAACAAUGUUUUACUCGAUUCUAAAUGCGAGGCUCAUGUAUCAGACUUUGGCACUGCUAAGCUUCUAAAGAUGGAUUCAUCUAAUUGGUCGAAAAUUGCAGGCACCUAUGGUUAUAUUGCACCAGAGCUUGCUUACAUGAUGAAGGUAACUGAGAAGUGUGAUGUGUAUAGUUUUGGAGUAUUGUCAGUAGAAGUAAUCAAAGGAGAGCAUCCAGGUGACAUCAUUGAGUCUCUGUUGUCCAUUCAGGCGGAGGAGAAGAUGGUACUGAAAGACAUUUUGGACCAACGCCUUCCACCUCCGUCGCUCGCAGUUAAGUAUGAAAUCAAAGUAAUCCUGGAACUUGCAAUUCAAUGCAUGCACUCUAAUCCAAAACAUAGACCAACCAUGCAUAUGGUUUGCCAACAACUUUUAGCUCGAUUUGGUUUCCAAGAUCCACCCCCACAACUAUGUUUGGAUUAACUAGUAAUGUGGAGGCUAAUAAAUUCAGAUUGGACCAAACUCUGCUACAAGGAGUUGCUCAUUCCAGACAUUGUAAGGCAUCAAGCAUGAAUAAUAUUGCUUCCAUAUCUUUGUAUUGUUUAUUUCCUUCAUAUCUUUGACAUAAGCAGUGCAGCUGAGCAAUAUUUUAUGCAGCCUCUAUUUAUGGGAACAAAACGAUGGCCAGUAUGCUUAGGCUAAAACAAGUGUCUCUUACUUGGCAAAUUUAUUGCGUUUUCCUUCUGGAUCAAUUUUCAUGUACUCUAUAGUUCCAUAAAUGGAUCUCCAUACCUGUAAUUGCAUCAACAACGUGCUGAGAUGGGAAUAGGCCUCAUGAUGCAUUUCUCAUUCGCAGUCUUCAAUUCAGUAGACAUUAGUAAUCCAAUCCAGUUUUACAAACCCACGGUAUAGCAAGGCCUGUU